AUGAAACACGAACGUAAACCAACCUUCUACGAGAGGCUCCAGAUCUGCCGGAAUGUUGAAAACACGUAUUCCAACUUCAACAUAACUGCCACUUACAGCGAAGUAGUAGAACCAAAUGUCCUUUCUCAUGCCUUGAGAAACUUUUUGUUGAAGAAUCCUACUUUUACUACUAACUUCUUUAGAGAAGAACAUAGUGAAGAUGAUGCCAAAGAGAAUGGAAACAAUUACACUGUAAAAACGGUGCAAUUAAUACGCUAUACGGAUGUAGUUGAGCACAGGAAUAUCUCAGGAACUUUGGAUGGUAAUUUGUUGAAAAGCUUCAAUGAAGUCAGGUUCGACUUGAAUGUGAACACGCCUCCUUGGAGAAUCAUUAUUUCUGAGGCCAAGAAUAAAAUUUACUAUACCCUUGCUGUAGACCACAUCUUGGGGGAUGCAAAUGGUUCAUGUAACUUUCAUCAGGAUUUGCUUAACGAGGUUGCAAAAUUGUUGAAGUCAAAAGCCCAGCUUCAACAGUUGGAUAUCUUGUUGGACUACUCUAAGGAUGCAGAAGUACUUGCUCCAUUAUGUCCAACAACCACAGACUUGGUGGAUCUUUUCACUCCGUCGCUGUUGUUCACAGUAGUAGCAAUAGCAAAGGAGUUGUUUCUUCCCAACUUUGCUAAGAAAUUAUUAGACAAAUACAUAUAUGGCUAUGAUUUCGAUACAUAUCCCUUGUUUACCAACAGAGGGCUUCAAGUUCCAACGAAGGUGAACUACAGAAUCAUAAAUAUCUCCGCUGAGGAAUUGGAGAAUUUGCUUCAGUUUCUCCGCUCAAAAGGGACAACGUUCACUCCAUACUUUGCUGCUGUGGCUUCGAAAACGUUGCAAGAAGUUGUAUUUCCACAUUUCCACAAAAACCAGUGCUCUACAAAGCUACUCACUGUGUUGGAUGGUCGUCGGUAUUAUCCAGAUCUACAGAAUGAAUUGCGAUACAACUACGUUGUUGGAUUCAGUGAAGUGAUCCUUAGGCCAAUACCUUCUAGCCUGGGAUACGAAGCAGUUGCUGAAUCAACGGCUAGCAUUGCGCAAAGGAUGAAAGAAGAUAUUGAUUCCAAAGUAGGAUUCAAGACUAUUGGGCUAUUGUCAUAUGUGAAUAUCUGGGAUUACAUCCGCUCUAAGAUUGGAAGUUUAGAUGCUAGAGUUACAAUGGAAGUUUCCAACAUUGGGAACAAACCAAUUGGCAAUGAAGAGAUUGAAGUUCUUGAUCUUUGGUUCAGUCAGGACAUUGGAGUUUCAGGACAUUUUGUUUACUCGGCAGUAGGAACUCCUUCUGGUGGUAUAAAUGUCGUAAUUGCAAGUCUUGACGACGUCGAAAAUACUGUAGAUCCCAAUACUGAUGUCAAAGUAAUGGACACGUUUGCGAAAAAGUUAACAACUGAAUUGAAACACUACAAUUAA